AUGAUAAGAACUGAUUCUUUAGUCAAUAAGACAAAUUGCUUAAGUAUAUUUCUAAUGAUUUGUAUCUUUGUUGCUCUUAAUCCUCCAUAAAAAACUAUUGAUAAUAACAGCUUAGAAAUUUUUGAAGUUGAAGUGAAUGAAUUCGAAAUUAAUUACUUUUUAGAUUAUGAUAUUGUUUACAAUGACACUGAUUAAUUUGGUCUAGAAACUGUUCAAAAUUGGUUACCAAUCUAAUCAGAAUUAGCUUAACUUAAUUUAGCUUUAGAUUAUUUUUCGCGAUUAAAUUUAGACAAAUUGAUUAAAUAACACAAUGAAUUUUAGAUUUAAGUAGAUAAAUGUCUCUAAUUAUCAUUGAAUUAAGAUCUUGAAAAUUUUCUAAAUAAAUUUAAUUCAACAAUCAAUAAUGAUAGUUAAAUAGCUGAUUAUAUGAAUAAUUUAUUAAAUAGAAGAAAUCAAUUACAUGAAUUUUAUAUGGAAAAGAAAAAUGAUCUAGAAAAUCUUAAUAAUGAAGAAAGAAUGUUAAAAUCAUUAAUAAUAGAAUAUCAAAUAAAUGAAUAAGAUUCUACAAUUUUAAAUAAGAAGAUUUUUAAUUUAAAUAAGUUGAAAUAAAUGAUAGAAUAAUCUAAUGAAGAAUAAAUUAAUUUGAUUGAGAAAAUCAAAUAUCAAAAAUCACUUGGAGAAGAAGAAGAUUUAAGUGAGUAUUAUAGAAAAGAUUAAGAUCAAGCAAAAAAGUUAAGAUAAUUAUUUAAACCUGCUGGUACAAAAUAAGUAGAAAUACAUAAUGAAAAAUUGUAUGAUCUAGUAAAUGUGUUAGAUUAAAAUAUUAAAUAAUAUUCAAGUCCAACAGAAGUAUAUUUUAAUGGUUUGAACUUUUCUCCAGAACUAAGAAAAAAUGCUUUGGAAGAAUUACAACUUUAAUAUACAAGAUUAUAAAUAAAAUUAGAAUAAUAAUUGAAAAAUUAGGAAGAUUUAGAAAGAGAAAUUGAUGAACUUGAAAGGAAAAAAAAAGCAAAGGAAAAGAGAUAUGCUGAUGUGUUAAGUAAAUUAGAAAUGGUAAGAAAUGUUUAAAAGAAUUUAGAGAANACUGAUUGA